GGGUUCUCGAAGUGUGUCAACAGAUAAGCAGAUACGCAUAGAGUAUGUAAGCGGACAUGCGCGACCCCUUGCCAGCACUGCGGGUUGGGAUCUCAUCACAGCCAGUUUCAGAAUUCGAGAUGAAGGUGAUUGCGUGCAUUGUGCUGGCGUUGUCAGCCGCGGUGGUUGCCGGUGAGGGCUUCUAUCCUGAUUCGACCCAUUCGGCACCCAGCGCGUACAGCAACUAUAAUCACUACGACUACCAGACGGCUCCUGAAGACGGCGUGUGGAGACGCCUGUUUGGAUCCAACCGGCGCCAGGGACUCCUCGGAGGCCUGGGAGGACUAGUUGGCCCCGGCGUUCUGAUUGGUGUGCUGCUUGCCAUCAUCCUGACUGCGGCUGGCCUCGGCUACAUGAUGGCCAACAUCAACUCAUCCGGCCGAGGUCUGGACACGGACGACUGGGAGGUGAACCACUCGGUCUGGCUGGACCAGCUGCAGCGGGACUUCGAGGCCUCGUGGUCGACGGAUUAGGCCCCAGAGAUGCACUGAUUGCGCACGUCACCCCAGGAGUCUGUCAGCACUGUUCCCGUGUCCAGCCAGCGACGUCCACCCUGCUUUGCGGGCCGCAUGAUGCAGCGCAGCCUCGAUUGUUCUUGUUUUCUCGUCUGAAAGGUAAUCGAGAACCGAGUCAGAGGAUCUUUCUUUAUUCACUCUGCAGCCUCAUGCACAACCUCUCAGGUCAGUUCAUUGGGGCUACUGCUAGGGCUGUGGGCCGGGAAUUCCGCCAUUUUCAGAAAGUGUUUGCUAGAUGUUUGCAGUGACCCUCCUCCCCCUCCCCAGUGCAAUCCCAGCACUGUGCCACACUUCUGUCAGGCACGGAUUCGUGUUGAAGUCAGCCUUGGGUGCGUUUCCCCAAUGUUGAUACGAAAGACUGUCACGGGCCAUUUACCCGACCGUACCAAAUGAGUUCAGCCAUUUAUGUGGCAUUGAUGAUAUGGCGUGGGUUGAAUCCCCUUACUUUUACGAGGCAGCUGGCUUGUUAUCUUGGCCAAUUUCUCCUGCACAACUACUGCUUGUUAUUGCGUUGUCAUUUGGUCCUGUCAGUUCGUUGUUGUUAUUUUUGCGAUUAUGAGCUAUUGUUAACCAGGGGAAAAGAUACAGGGAGCUUGUUGUUACGCCUGUGUUGUUGAUAAUUACCUUGAUCUAUAUGAUCUGUUGUUUAAGACGCUCAUCGUGUGAAAUACAUUCCCAUGAAUGCA